AUGGAGACCCUUCCUGGAAGGAAUUGUCUCCUGGUGCGGGACGACUCCCCCCGCCACGGGGGCCCCCCCGGCGCCGAGACGCAUUUCGGGGUGCUGGUGGUGAGCGGGCGCUUCGCGGGGCUCCCCCCGCUCCAGCGGCACCGCCUGGUGCACGAGGCGCUGCGGGACGAGCUGGCCGGGCCCCUGCACGCCCUGCAGAUCGUCGCCCGCACCCCCGAGCAGUGGCAGAGCGACCCCCAGGCCCCCCCGGCGCCCCCCUGCCUGGGGGGCUCCAAGCGGGACAAGGAGAAGAAGAAGAAGGAGGAGGAGGAGGAGGCGGCGGCGGGGCAGCAGUGACAGCAAAGCGGGGGAGGAGCGGCCAGAACCCACCCUGGUGUCAGUGUGGGACCCCCAGGACCCCCACCCUGGUGUCAGUGCAGCAGGAGGGGGGGCAGAAAUAUGGGGCUGAUCCCCCACUCCCCCCCACAUCGUCCCCAGCCCCCUCAUAUCACACUCAACUCCCCCCACAUCACCCCCUGUCCCCCCACAGGACCCCCCCCACUCCCUCCCCCUCUCCUCACUCCCACUCUUGUCGGGGGGGGUGUUUAGGGGGGUCCCUCCCCAUUUAAUUUAAUUUCCAAGUGAAUUCACCCUCCCGCCGCCCCAAAACCAAAUAAAUGUGUUCUUUUGAAGGAAGGGGCGUGAGGGCA